CGACCAUAUCUAUCUGCGUGUAUUGACCGCCUCUUCAAUUAAGUCACCACCCAAUAAGAUUUCGACGUUGACUGACCGACUUGUAGCUUUAAUAAAGCCCACAUGAUUUGCUUUUCGUCCAAGCAAAUUUUUGGUUAGAGAAAGAGGAAAAAAACUCAGGAACCGCCGACUUAAGAAUUUCUUCUUCAUCAUCUCUCCAAUAUCGCCGAUUAUAUAUAAAUGACUCUUCGAUUCUGUUUCUUCUUCGUCGUCAUCGCCGGCUUAGGGUUUUCUCUAUAAGCAAAUCUUAUCUUCUCCUUUUCCUCCGUUUUUUCUGGUCAGCUUUUGCUUUUAGAUUACCCUUGUUGCCUGCGAUCGAUCUGAAAAAAGAGGAACUUUAUCUUGCUGACGGCUGUUAUAAAAAGACGUGGCAUUUCUUCUCUGAUUGUGUUUAUUUUUAUGACGGAGAAGAUGAACACACUUGUAAUCUAUCAGACUCUAACUGUUACUGUUGGGUUGAUUUGUACCUUCCGUCUUUGUAAUGGAUCUUUGUGCUCUUUAUAACACAAGAUACAACAAGAAGUAAUGAAAGACUGUUCAUAAUGUUACUUACUGAUGGAAAUUGUAGCAAAUGUCUUUUGUGAAGGAAUGAUAUUACAGGAUCAUAGGUCUCAUAUAGUUAUGCUGAUUCUUUCUUGUUUACUGAUUCUUUAUCAUGUAAACUGUGAGGAGUUUUUGUUUGACUCUAUUCUCUGUAAUAUAGUUGUUCAAUAUUUUAAGCCUUUUCCAUUUCUUUUGUGCAGUGUUUUCUAAUGCUGUCGGCAAGACACUAUCUUUAGGACUGCUAGGGAGUUUAGAGGUUACACAGUUGACUUUUUCUAUCAAGGUUAUAGGUUUAGUAUUGUUAAUAUAUAGAAAUGGAAGCCAAGAUCGUCAAGGUGUUGGAUAGUAGUAGGUGUGAAGAUGGAUUCGGAAAAAAGAGGAAGCGCGCAGCAAGCUAUGCUGCAUAUGUUACUGGAGUUUCGUGUGCAAAGCUGCAAAAUGUGCCCCCACCGAACGGGCAGUGCCAAAUUCCUGACAAAAGAAGAAGGCUGGAAGGUGAAAACAAGCUUAGCGCUUACGAGAAUCGCUCUGGGAAGGCGCUGGUCAGAUAUUACACUUAUUUUAAGAAGACUGGAAUCGCUAAACGUGUUAUGAUGUAUGAGAAUGGCGAAUGGAAUGAUUUGCCUGAGCACGUUAUAUGCGCCAUCCAGAAUGAAUUAGAAGAAAAGAGCGCCGCAAUUGAGUUCAAGUUAUGCGGUCACAGUUUUAUUUUGGACUUCUUGCACAUGCAAAGACUAGACAUGGAAACAGGAGCAAAAACCCCUCUUGCAUGGAUUGACAAUGCAGGAAAGUGCUUUUUCCCUGAAAUUUAUGAGAGUGAUGAAAGGACCAAUUACUGCCAUCAUAAAUGUGUGGAAGACCCAAAACAGAAUGCUCCUCAUGAUAUCAAACUUCGCCUAGAGAUUGAUGUUAAUGGUGGCGAGACACCGAGGUUAAAUUUGGAGGAGUGCAGUGAUGAGUCUGGUGAUAAUAUGAUGGACGAUGUUCCCCUUGCUCAACGAUCUUCAAAUGAGCACUAUGACGAGGCUACGGAGGAUAGCUGCAGCCGCAAGCUCGAAGCUGCUGUUUCGAAAUGGGAUGAGACUGAUGCUAUAGUCGUCUCUGGUGCCAAGCUUACGGGAAGCGAAGUACUUGAUAAAGAUGCAGUAAAAAAAAUGUUUGCUGUAGGCACAGCUUCUCUAGGACAUGUACCAGUGCUGGAUGUGGGCCGUUUUUCCAGUGAGAUUGCUGAAGCUCGUCUAGCACUUUUCCAGAAGCAGGUUGAGAUCACUAAGAAACAUCGAGGGGAUGCAAACGUUAGGUAUGCCUGGCUUCCUGCAAAGAGGGAAGUUUUAUCAGCAGUGAUGAUGCAAGGACUUGGAGUUGGUGGAGCAUUUAUCAGAAAGUCCAUCUAUGGUGUUGGGAUCCAUUUAACCGCUGCAGACUGCCCUUAUUUCAGUGCUAGAUACUGUGAUGUUGACGAAAACGGAGUACGUUACAUGGUUUUAUGCCGUGUGAUUAUGGGGAAUAUGGAGCUUCUUCGUGGUGAUAAAGCUCAGUUCUUUUCUGGUGGAGAAGAAUAUGACAAUGGAGUCGAUGACAUUGAGAGUCCAAAGAAUUACAUUGUCUGGAACAUCAAUAUGAACACACAUAUAUUCCCGGAAUUUGUUGUUAGGUUCAAGCUGUCUAAUCUCCCCAAUGCUGAAGGUAAUUUGAUUGCUAAGCGUGAUAACUCAGGGGUCACUUUGGAAGGACCUAAGGAUCUUCCUCCUCAAUUGGAGUCAAACGGAGCAAGAGGUUCAGGAAGUGCAAACAGUGUUGGUUCAAGCACUACAAGACCCAAAUCUCCAUGGAUGCCAUUUCCUACUCUGUUUGCAGCAAUCUCACAUAAGGUUGCAGAGAACGACAUGUUGUUGAUCAAUGCUGACUACCAACAACUGAGGGAUAAGAAGAUGACGAGAGCGGAGUUUGUCAGGAAACUGCGGGUGAUUGUAGGAGAUGAUCUGCUAAGGUCCACCAUAACAACCCUUCAAAACCAGCCAAAGUCGAAGGAGAUUCCAGGAAGCAUCAGAGACCAUGAAGAAGGUGCAGGUGGAUUGUAAGUAAAGUGGAUGAUGAUGAUGACGAAUAUCAAAAGGAAGCUGCUUUUUAUCUAUCUACCUGCCUUUGUGGUUCUCCUUUUGACUUUUUCUAAUUUUAGACUUUUGGUUUUGGGUCGGGUCGUUGGUAGAGUUUAAAAUGUGUCGACUUUUCUUUCUGUCGUGAAAAAUCGUACUAUAUUAUAUGAUUCUACUUAGUCAAUGAUGUCGUUGGGUCUUUGUUUCUUUAGCUGCAAGCAAAACAUUGUUGUGGAAGUCGUUGAAUCUUGACGAAAAUUUGGUCGUUAAGCCUAUCGCGUGAAACUUUUCUUCACUAUACUUUUUCUCAUUAUUCUGUUAGCUUUAUUAGAUGCCUCACAUUUGUGUGAAGGAUUAUUUAAGAGUAUGAUAACUGGUCACCUCUGGGUUCCUUUGACACUUGUGUACUACGGGUAAAUCAAGACUAGAGGAAUACCAGGAGAAAAUAGUGUUGGUCCUCUCCUCCCCUUUAGAGCUCUAUAUGAUGCGCACUGAGUAAGCUUGGCCUCUGACGAUGAGAAGCUAGUGGAUAUCUCGAUAUUCUAGGUCCAAUCAGUUCGAUUUUAUGGAGUCUCUGUGGAGUAGAGUAAACGGUCAGUUUGGGAUCUCUUUCUCUAUAACAGCGAUUUGGAAUCUGAUCCGAGUGGUUCACCCAAAAGUACAAUGGUUCUGGCUGUUUUCUUUUCAUGGUUAUAAUCUGAAGCAUUAUUUUAUUCCUUUUUGUUUGUGUUGUGAGUCGGCAUUUUAGCUUUAAACGAAUUUAAAACCGAGGAAUUGAUGAUGAGCCUAACUCUUGCAUAUUACAGAGGAUUGGAGCCAUGUAUCUUUCACUUGGACUUCGUACUACAACUAUGACAGCUCACUACCUUUACAAGAUUCGGGGCUCUCAUCUACCUUUAAUGAGCUUAUAUGUACAUUGUCUAGCCUCGACGCUCUGUAAGCUAGUGACCCAAGCAAUCCUCAAUGAUUUAUGGCGUGAUUGGGAAUCAGAGACUCCAUGGAGAGCCGGUAUAUACUCGUGUUUUCGACAUAAUCCACAAUGGCAAAGCCGGUAGACAGGAAGUUCCUAUCAACAACAAACGAUCCUUCAAAUGUUCCAAGAUCGGAAUAGAAACAUCUUUUGUCUUCUAUAGAACCAAGACUCAGCUUCUCCUUCGAGAAGACUGUCCAAGAUUCAUCUUUUCACACACUUCCUGAACAAAGAAAUCUUCUAGCUAGCCAUGAGAUCCAUGAUCGCAGUUCACCAUCAACGGCAUUGAAGGUGGGAAAUCCCUCAAGACACAUUGCGAUUGCUUCGAUCCUUAAUCACGAGCGCACCAUUGAUAGAAUUUAGAACUAUAAACCCUAUCCUUUAACUCUCUGUACUUCUCUAUUGAUCAACAAUGGUGAAUACAAGAACUCUAAUUCCUAACUAUACCAUGACAGACACGCAGCUCUAACUCUAACGAACUCGCAGGUUUGUUGUUACACGUAAAAAUUGAUCACGCAGGAUUUCCUCUUUCUUUCCCAC